UUGUUUCUUCUGUAGUGUGCAGUGUGCUCUCUCUCUCUCUCACUUUAUAUCUGGACUCUUUUUUCUCACUUUGGUGUGUCUUGGUUCUUCUUCUCCAUUCUUCUUUGGGGUUUCCGGGGUUUUGUUUUGUUGAAGCACUUUGCCUUUUUUCAGAGCUUCAUCAAUGGCUGACAUUACACACCCUCCAAUGGACCAGCUCCAGGACCUUGAGUACUGUAUAGACUCCAACCCACCUUGGGAAGUUUUAAUCUGGGUUUGGGGUUUUGAGGGCAAUGAUCACUGUGGAAGAGAAAUGGGAUUGUGGUGGCUUGGUAGCUUUAAUGAUUUCUGAGAUUAUAGUCACACUGGUGUUUCUUCCGCUAGUAUAGAUUGAAGCAAUGUGGCAUUACAAGGUUGACACUGUGAGAUGAAGAAUCGUUAUUUUAAGAAAAGGCUGAAACCAUAGUUCUGGCAUUUCAAAACUACAUUGUCAUGCUUGGCAAAAGUGUAAUGAUCCCUUCGUUACUUGUCCCUGCAAUGGGUGGAAGUGAUGGUGACAAAGCACGAGUAAUACAGACUCUCCUUUUUGUUGCUGGAAUUAAGACACUUCUCCAAGCACUUUUUGGAACCAGGCUACCUGCUGUAGUUGGAGGCUCCUUUGCUUAUGUCGUUCCAAUAGCCUACAUUAUAAACGACUCCAAAUUGCAUCGGAUUACUGAUGAUCAUGAAAGAUUUAUACAAACAAUGCGUGCUAUCCAAGGAGCUCUAAUUGUAGCUUCAAGCAUACAAAUCAUUCUGGGUUACAGCCAAGUUUGGGGUCUCUUCUCACGGUUUUUCAGUCCACUUGGCAUGGCACCUAUAGUUGGAUUAGUGGGCUUAGGAUUCUUUGAACGAGGAUUUCCAGAGUUGGGAAAGUGUGUGGAAAUUGGACUUCCAAUGCUGUUGUUGGUCAUCGGGUUUUCUCAAUAUCUGAAGCAUGUGAGACCACUUAGAGAUGUCCCUAUCUUUGAACGGUUUCCAGUAUUGAUUUGUGUCACAAUCAUUUGGAUCUAUUCCCUAAUCUUAACUGCCGGUGGGGCUUACCGAGACAAACCCAAUAAAACCCAAGUCAGCUGUCGUACGGAUAGAGCAAAUCUCAUAUCGACUGCCCCAUGGUUCAAGUUUCCAUAUCCGCUGCAGUGGGGUCCACCUACAUUUUCUGCUGGUCACUCAUUUGCAAUGAUGUCUGCAGUUCUUGUUUCAAUGGUUGAGUCAACUGGCGCAUACAAGGCUGCAUCGAGAUUGGCAAUUGCCACUCCUCCUCCUGCUUAUGUUUUGAGCCGGGGUAUUGGCUGGCAGGGAAUCGGUGUUCUGCUUGAUGGACUAUAUGGAACAGGCACUGGUUCAACUGUUUCUGUGGAAAACGUUGGACUCCUUGGACUGACACGGGUUGGAAGUCGGAGAGUUGUUCAAAUUUCUGCUGGAUUUAUGAUAUUCUUCUCAACCUUAGGUAAAUUUGGAGCUGUAUUUGCAUCUAUACCUGCCCCUAUAUAUGCUGCACUAUACUGCAUUCUCUUCGGCCUCGUGGCUUCAGUGGGAUUAUCAUUUCUUCAAUUCACAAAUAUGAAUUCCAUGAGAAACCUCAUAAUUACUGGGCUUUCGCUGUUCCUUGGGAUAUCAGUCCCCCACUUCUUCAAUGAAUAUUGGAAUCCUGUUCAUCAUGGUCUUGUCCAUACCAAUGCCGGAUGGUUCAAUGCAUUUUUGAAUACGAUAUUCUCAUCUCCUGCUACUGUGGGGUUGAUAGUGGCUGUGUUUCUUGAUAACACAAUAGAGGUAGAAAAAGCAAAGAAAGACAGGGGGAUGCCAUGGUGGGUUAAGUUCAGAACAUUUCGAGGAGACAGCAGAAACGAAGAGUUCUACACUUUGCCGUUUAAUCUCAACAGGUUCUUCCCACCUACGUAGCACUCGGGCAGCACAUUUUAAGAAAACUACAUCUGAUUAUUCCUCCUGCAUCACCCUAAUUCUAACAUGAGUAAACAGCUUCAUUAGAGUAGCAGACUAGUAGUGUAUUCAAGAUUCAAGAAUACUCUUAGCAAGUGAGAAAUUUUCUUCAGCUUCACUAUUUUUUUGUGGGCCUUGUAACACAGUUACACAGGUCUAGAUUAGGAUUGUAGAGCAUUUCGUGAUCCAUGCUUUUUGUAGACGACGCAAAUAAUAAAGAAGGAAUGCAAUCUUUCUCCUCUCACACUCA